ACCAUUAAUUUUAACAAUAUUCCCUAAGUAACUGACUUAGCUAAUUUAAAAGUUAACAAAAACAAUAAACUCUUUUAGAAGGUCAAACAAGCCAAUUAAAAAGCUAUUAUCCAAAAGUUAUUUUCCAAACAACUUGUAAUUUUACUUUUUUGGGGCGAGUUUAAGAAUUAACUCAUUAACAACGUAUUUGAUGAUAAGAUAUAAAUAGUGGUGACGCUAAAACAAUCUUGUUUAGUGAUCUAGUUGCAUGGGUGGAUCUUCAUGGGGUACAAGGUGGCACGUGCCCCAGGCAAAUUAAAAAUAAAUAGAAGUUUGAAUUUGGUUGUGGCAGACUGGCUGCAACAUUGUUCUCUCCCUUCUUCUCAUACUUUUAUUUGCAAAAAGGCUAAUUCUAAAGUACUAAAACCCUAAAACCCACGACCCACCUAUAGACCCAUUGUUGGCUGCUAGUCUCUGGUGUUUGUCUGUCGCUAACGGCCAUCGCUGUGCGGUGUUGCUUGCUGGUUUGGUUGCCUUCUAUCUUCAGUCACCACUCCUUUAGGCCCUGACCCCUGUAAGUUGUAGCACUGUUGCCUUUCGUCUGUGAACUCCACCUGACCACCACCUUCUAUUGACUACAAUUCUCAAAAUCUCAAGUUAAAUGAUUCCAUCUCAAUUAGCCAUAGUAAGAAGAAGGAAGAAGAGACAAAUAGAAUUACUACUACUUUUCAUGGUUGUUAACAAUGUCGUCACAAUCAUGUACUUGGUGAUGUGUAUGAUGGGUGUAAUUGUUUAUGAAAUUGAACGACCAUGUUAUAGCAAAAGUGAGAAGAAACACCUUAGACAAAAGCACUUGGAUGCACUAAUCAAGGAUAGUGAUAUAGUCUGCAAAAGUGAACUUCGUGUGAAUAGAUGUGAUGAAGAUAAGGGUGGUAGUGAUGAAGAUGAUGAAUUUGAUGAUAAUGAGUCCGUCAACCAAUCAAAACAAUCAAAUCCAAGUGAACCUUCUUCAAAGAAAGCCAAAAAAGAAAAGGCUCCAAAUGAACAAGGAAGGAAAAGGAAGAAGCCGGAGGUUGUGGACUUAACUUCUUCUUUUAACAAUAUGUCUUCUAGCUUUUCAAAUCAUAUGAAUGAGAUGAACAAGCACAUGUCUACCAUUGCAAGUGCCUUCUCUACUACACAACUACAUGAGCAAGCUAUCAUGGCUCGUGAAGAAGUCGAGGAAAAUCAAAAAAAAAAUUUGGUUAGUGAGUUGCUUCGCAUAGAAGGAUUGACAAGAUUUGAAGAAAUGGAAGCUUCCAAGAGGUUGGCCUCCAAUCCAAGUGAACUCUCACUUUUUUACCAAUGCCCGGAUGAUCAGUGGAAGAAAGAGUUUAUAAUCAACCUCAUUCAUCCUAACUUGGGUAAGUGAUGUAAUGAAAAUGCUUAGCUUAUAAAUUAUCUAGACUUUGUGUUUGGUUGCCAAAAACAUAUAUUGGAAUCUUUUUGUGUGGAGAUGUAUUGACACCAUUUUGAGUGAAAAUGUAUUGAACUAGUACUUUUUAAUUAGUGGUAAUUAUCUAUUUGCAACAUAAUAUGUGUGUAUGUAUUUGUGUGUUUAAUAAAUAUAUGUAUGU